CCGGCAGAUUUUGCGUUUUUCCACUCGUAAAAACCGUUCAACAACCCUCAACUUGUUUCCCGAGAGGACCGCAAGUCAGUCGUGCGGUGUCUGUACACCCGAACAUCUCCUGGGCGUAUCUUGCCGGAGCCGACUGGGGCACCCCCGCGGCAUCGCACAAGUCUGAGUUUGAUUUUCCGCGUUUUUCGUGCCUGCGCCUUCGCGUCUCUUCGAUUUCCUCUUUCUUGUUUUUUUCCCACUAAUCGCCACGACCAUGGCGUUCGCUUCCGUCUGCGCCAAGCUACCUGCCCUCGCCCGCGGGUCGGUCGGCAAACCCAUGGCCGCCACUCUGCUCGCGCAAAACUCCGCAUGGCGCGUCUUCAACAGACCUUUCAGCGGCUACGAUGGCCAGCCCGUGACCAGCGAGCAACUUAUCAAAAAGUCUGACGACUGGGUGAUCGAGGAAACAAACUUCUGUCUUGGGCGCACUGCGCCUCUCCGUUUCAAGGAGACGGACGACUUGGCGCACAGAGUUCUCCACGUGAUGGACUCGCAGCUCGUGAAGAUGCACACCCGUCUGAGAGACGGCACAUGCAUCCCCGUCAUGGGCCUCUACAUUCUCGACGUCGUGGACAAGCCGACCCCUCUCCAUCAGUUCGUCGAACCGCCUCUGUUGAAGUGGACCUGGGAUCACACGUACUCGGAGGCGUACGAGGACAAGCCGUCGGCAGAGGCAUCGCCUAAAAAGAAAUGAGAGAAACCAUGCAAAGAAGAUAAAAAGAAGGCGAGCUGAGGAGAAACGCCGGCGCACCGUUUGUGCAUGUCCAUGACACCGUUCACGAAAAAAGAGCGGAGAAAAGAAAGUCAAAGACAUGGGAGGCUGCAAGAAGAAAGGCGUCUCCAUCUGGACUGAUGUGGCAUGAUUGACGUCCUCACAGAAGUCCCCCUCGUUAUUUCUCUGUUUCUUUCUCUUGUGUGUUUUUCUUCCGUUUUUAUCCUGGAACAGAGGGUGUGUGUGUUGUGGACGGUCUUCGCGCUCUUUGUCUCACCACUACGUGAAGAAAGGAGGCACCCCUCUGUCGAGGAGGGUUCGAAUGUCGGCGCGAAAACAGCCAUGCGAGUGAGUCUUUUGCGACUUGAUAAAGACUCGCGAUUCACAGAGAAAAGAGGAGCAG